CACAUACAUCGGCCACAGCCUAGGCGUCCCUUUGAACUGCCGUCCGAAGUUCCAACCUCUCCCUCUACUCCCUCAUCUCCCUCGACAGACUCGAGCGCUUUCCCCGGCAAGCUCGAUACCAGCAAGAAGACGGUCAGUGGGUCUACAACACCAGCGCGGACCCGCAGCAUUCUCAACCUGACCAGCUCCACGCUUUUCGGAAUCUAUCAGCCUACUGAUGAGAACACCCCUUAUGGGUCCGGCGCCCAAACGCCCGCCGUGGAGGGCCGGAAUGGCUCUUUCGAUUUUACACGCAAUCAUCGAGCAGCGGAUAUCGCUUCCGCAUUGAACAACGGCAGCUUCAAAAAGACCCACCAGCCUCGACCACCACAGCCCAAGCCAAAGAAGCAAUCGCUAUCCGCGCAGAUCGUGCCGCUGCUGAUCAAAGGAGUUGUCUUGUUGGCAACGGGUGUCCUAUACGGGCUGCUGGUCAGCCACCUACACGAUCGACAGCACAUCGCACCCGUCAAACUCGAAAUCAAUCGGUUGUCAUGGCAGUAUCUCGGUUCUUGGGCCAUCGCCGGGCUCGUUCUCGGCGAGGCAUUGCCAUGGCUUGAUCGCUUGUUGACACCAACCACCGAAGAGGAGGGGCGUAGCACCCAGGGUUCCACCGCUGAGGAAAGACAACGUGAGGAUGCGCGACGGAGCAAGAUGCCACGUGGCUGGAACGAGAUUGUCCGUGCGGUCGGAAUGUUCGUCGGCAUCUCUUUCGCCAUCCGCAAAUUGCCCUGGGAGUCAAGUCUGCAGCUUUCCCUCACACUUGCGUUGGCAAAUCCAGCGCUCUGGUAUAUCAUUGAUCGCUCAUUUUCGGGCCUCGUCCUACCGAGCGCGAUCGCCAUCGUCGGCACCACAGCUCUCAUCGCUCUCAAUCCUGCGCUGAUCCAUGUAUCAAGCUCACUGGCAUCCGCAGCCAGCGAUUUGGCACGCAACACCACAGGCUCACCAGUGGUGCCACCCACCGAGCUGGUGUUGGGAAUCUUCAGCUCAGAGACUGUCGGUGUUUGGACAUGGAUAGCAAGUGUGCUCUUUGUGAGCUCGGUUUGCUUUGGUAAUAUUGGUCGACAAUUG